AUGGCGCAAGUGGAAGCGGUAACGAAGUCGGAUACCAAGCAAUUGCCGCCCGGAGAAAUCCGGGUUGCCAGCAUCGGACUGGUCUCGGGCUACGUCGCGUACGCGAAGAAACUCAUCGCCUCUGGAGAACCUGUUAUUCAUAUUAGAGGCACUGGUAGAGCCAUAAGCAAUGUGGUGGAAACUGCAGAAAUUUUGAAGAGGGCCUACAAGGGAAUGCAUCAGGUCACGACGCUCGACACACAGGACAAUCUGGUGGCAACUGUUGGUGAGGACGGAAAGGAACAGAGGCACUCCGUCUGUUUUUUGACGAUCACGCUCACACUGGACCCCAGUAAAAUAGAUACCACGGCCGUUGGUUAUCAGAAGCCGCUGACUGAUGAACAAAUGGGCGAGGUGGACGCCGACAAGUUGAUCCUAUCCCUAAGAAACUCCGGCAUCAGGAGAAAGACAGGUUUGCCCAGGAAAGCCAGGGCUCAAGCGCAGAACACGGAAAACGGAAAGAAGAAGUGA